AUGGUUGAAGCUUCUUGGAAUGCUCCAGUCUAUGUUAACCAUGAUAUUAUUUUUCCAUUCAAGUUGAAGCGUUUGAAAGCAACAAUGAAGUUGUGGAAUAAAACGGUUUUUGGUAAUGUGAAUACUCGUUUUAAGCAAGCUCAACUUAAAUUUGAGGUGGCUAGUAGAAAUUCUGAUGAGGACCCUCAUGAUGUUGCGAAGCUGAAUGUUAUGAAAAAUGCCUUAGUGGCUGUACAAGAUGUGAGAAUGCAACAACAUAUCAUGCUCAAGAAAAAGUCACGUAAUAAAUGGCUUUUGGAGGGCUCUAGUAAUACUUCUUAUUUCCAUAGUACCAUUAAUAUUCGUAGGAGUGCGAAUACUAUUUCAGAGCUGGUUUCUGAAGAUGGUUUGACUAUCAGUGAUCCAGACCAAAUUCGUGAUCAUGUGGUGUCCUAUUAUGAGGCUAAAUUCAAUGGCACGGACCUGCCAAUUGAUGAGAAGUUGUUUGAAUAUGAUCAUGCUUCUAUUUCUGUUGAAGAGAACCAGAUGUUAGAUGCCAUUCCUUCACUGGAGGAGAUUAAAACUGCGUUUUUUGAUUUAGGAGCGGAUAGUGCUCCAGGGCCGGAUGGUUUUUCAGGGUGCUUUUACAGACACUGUUAG